CACGACUUCAGUACUGUGUCUGCUAUAGGUUUGCGUGGGCCGGUUCUCUGCGAUAUAAUCAAGUAACUAUCGUUCGAUUUUAAAUACGUUAAAAUCGAAUUGUAUGUAUCAUGUAUUGUAUUCUCUAAGGGAUUGUGUUAACUAAACUGCAUUUGUUUUUUUUCUUUGUGUUGAAAGAUGAUAAAGGCGAGAGAAUUGAUCUGGUUACGAUGGUUGCCGUUUCUCUGCGUUUUGUGUGGAAGUGUAUAUUCAAGCAAACGUCCCAAUAUCUUGUUCAUAAUGGUAGAUGAUAUGGGUUGGAACGAUGUAUCUUAUCACGGAUCAGAUCAGAUUAUGACGCCAAACAUUGAUACCUUGGCAACGCAGAGCGUCAUUCUACAACAGUAUUACAGCGAAGCAAUUUGCACACCAGCUCGUACUGCGCUCUUGACCGGAAAAUAUCCAAUGAGAUUAGGUAUGCACGGAAUGCCACUCUAUAACUCCGAAGACCGCGGUAUACCUAUAACGGAGAAAUUAUUUCCGGAGUAUUUGAAGAAAUUGGGAUACAAAACACACUUAGUUGGCAAAUGGCAUGUCGGUAUGUCUAGACGACAGUUCCUGCCUUUGUCGAGGGGAUACGAUUUCCAUUACGGAACUAGAGGCGGCUUCGUGGACUAUUAUACGUAUAAUAAGGUCGAGGCGUGGCCAAAUGGAAGACAACAAUUUGGGCUCGAUUUUUUCGAUAAUGACAUCCCACAAAACAAAGAAGAUCGAUACAUAGUAGAUGCUUUCACGGAAAGGGCUAUUCAAAUUAUACAAAAUCACAACAAGUCUCUUCCACUGUUCCUGCACUUCGCACAAACGGCGCCACAUGCGGGCAACGAAGGUGGUCUCUUACAGCCUCCACUUUUUAGUACUGUCAAGAAUCGACAUAUCGCUCACUCGGAUAGACGUUUAUAUGCAGAAAUGGUUACACGUUUAGAUACAAGUAUAGGCAAGGUCGUUAAAGCUCUAGCAACUAAAGGAAUUUUACAAGAUACCAUUAUUGUGUUUGUAUCCGAUAACGGAGCACCGACAGUAGGCCAGUUUAAUAACUGGGGAGUAAAUUUACCGUUUCGAGGGAAAAAACAAACACCCUGGGAAGGUGCAGUGAGAGUACCAGCAUUUAUAUGGCAUUCAUCGUUCAAACCUAAAGUUUGGGAUGGCAUUAUGCAUGUCACAGAUUGGAUGCCAACUUUAUUAGCAGCGGCUGGUGCUGAAAUAGAAACUCAAAUCGAUGGCGUAAAUCAAUGGAAAUCUAUAGCCAAAGAUGGAGAAUCAAAGAGAAAAGAUGUUCUUAUAGCUGUCGAGGACAGUGCUGCAAAUGUAUACGCUGCAUAUCGAUCUGGAGACUAUAAAAUCAUUGUAGGCAACGUAUCUGGCUUGUCUAAUGGGUACUAUGGAUCAGAUUUUUUGAAGUUAAAAGAUUCCCCACCGGACUAUUUUCCAUCGCUUAGGUCUUCUGACGUUGCUAAAGUAUUUGAAAACUUUGGCCUGCAAUUAGAUUAUGAUGAAGUGUUAGCUAUGAGGAAAGCAAGUGUUAUUCGUCAAAUAGACGGAGUAAAAGACCUCAUACCCUGCGAGCCCACACCUACUCGUGGUUGCUUGUACAAUGUCCGACAAGAUCCAUCGGAGAGCCAUGAUCUUUGGUCACGGGGAACAAAAAUAGCCGCGUUGCUCACAAGUAGAUUACGCGCAUUGUGGUCAAUGCAACUGAGAAGAGGACCACCUGCCCUGGAUGCUAGAGCUGAUCCAGCUAACUUUGAUUACAUAUGGCUUCCUUGGCUCAAUGACACUAUGCCUGGUGAUUCCAACAAUACCAACAGUGGCACCAACAUAACAACGAACAAUCCAGUGAACAUAAGUGACCUCAAUAAUAAUAGGACGGUACCUUCAGUUGUCGGAUGUGAUGGUGCGACAGUGUUUAGAAAUUUACUAUGUUUACUAAAAUCUGUUAUCUAGUUUUAAAUAAUUGUUAUUUUAGAAAUAUAUAUUGUUUUUGUUAAAUCCUG